CCCUCCUCACCAGUCUAAGCCAAUGAGUUUCGGCGGAGAAAACAAAAAUCAAGCAGUGUGUUAUGGGAGCGGAUUAAACAAGUGUGCUAAAGAAGAGAAACAGCUUCAGGAAUAUGAACUAGACUCCUAAAGGCACAACCCUGCCAUCUUCAUGCCCUCUCUGUCGCUGUUACCAAGCUGUACCAAGUCAAAAGGGCCCGUCUCCUGUGAGAGUGCCACGUCUUUACCGAGAUCCCUCAACCUAUCACUGGAUUUUUCCAUCCCUCAGAGCUACACCACAGCCUCUCCUCGCACUGCUUCGCUGGUUGGCAGAUCUCUCUUGCCCUGAGCCAGGAUGAAUGAUGUUCUGGAGGCCACCUCCCCUGCAACCAGCCUCAGCGGUCCAGCUACCUGUGUCACCAAAGUCGAGCUGCGCGUGUCUUGCAAAGCUCUGCUGGACCGAGACACUCUGAAUAAGUCUGACCCCUGCGUCAUACUCAUGGUACAGAACGAUGGACAGUGGAUAGAGCUGGACAGGACAGAAGUGAUCAAGAGCAACUUGCACCCAGUCUUUGGCAAGGUUUUCUCGCUGGAUUACUACUUCGAGGAAGUUCAGAAACUGCGAUUUGAGGUUUACGACAUCCACGGCACUCACAGCAUCGGAACCCGUGAUGAUGACUUUCUGGGAGGGGUGGAGUGCACUCUUGGCCAGAUAGUGGCCCAAAAGAAGAUGGUGAAACCUCUGUUGCUCAAGUAUGGGAAAUAUGCCGGCAAAUCCACCAUCACAGUGCAUGCUGAGGAAAUUUCUGGCAACAACGGAUAUGUGGAACUCUCCUUCUGUGCCAAGAAGCUCGAUGAUAAGGAUCUCUUCAGCAAGUCGGACCCAUUUUUGGAAAUCUAUCGAAUCAAUGACGAUGAAACCGAGCAGCUUGUUUACAGAACUGAGGUGAUUAAAAACAACCUGAAUCCAGUGUGGGAGCCCUUCAAAGUGUCACUCAUGUCCCUGUGCAGCUGCGAUGAAGACCGGAAGCUCAAGUGCCUAGUGUGGGAUCAUGACUCCAGGGGGAAGCACGACUUCAUUGGCGAAUUCUACGCCACUUUCAGGGAAAUGCAGAAAAUUUCCAGUGGAAAUAAGGUGUCGUGGGACUGUAUGAAUCCUAAGUACAAACAGAAGAAGAGAAACUAUAAAAAUUCAGGAGUUGUCAUUCUCACUGACCUCAAGCUUCACAGAGUCUACUCCUUCUUAGACUACAUCAUGGGAGGAUGCCAAAUUCACUUUACGGUUGCCAUUGACUUCACAGCCUCCAAUGGAGACCCCAGGAACAGCUGCUCCUUGCACUACAUCAACCCUUACCAGCCCAACGAGUACCUAAAGGCUCUGAUAGCUGUGGGGGAGAUCUGUCAAGACUAUGACAGUGACAAGCGAUUUUCAGCUUUGGGGUUCGGCGCUAGAAUCCCUCCGAAUUAUGAGGUGUCCCAUGACUUUGCCAUUAAUUUCAACCCAGAGGAUGAUGAAUGUGAAGAGAUCCAAGGAGUGGUUGAGGCAUACCAGAACUGCCUUCCUAAGAUCCAGUUGUACGGCCCUACCAACGUUGCUCCGAUCAUUAACAGGCUAGCCAAGGUGGCGGCAGGUGACGGCAACAUUAAAGAUGCUUCUCGAUACCACAUCCUGCUCAUCCUCACGGAUGGUGUAGUGACUGACAUGGCAGACACACGUGAAGCCAUUGUACGAGCCUCCUACCAGCCUCUCUCCAUAAUCAUUGUUGGUGUGGGCAAUGCUGACUUCACAGACAUGCAAAUUUUGGAUGGAGACGAUGGAGUCCUACGCUCACCGAAGGGCGAGCCGGUCCUCAGAGACAUUGUGCAGUUUGUGCCCUUCAGAGACUUCAAAACGGCAUCACCUGCCGCCCUGGCCAAAUGUGUUCUGGCAGAGGUGCCCAGCCAAGUAGUAGAGUACUUCAGCCACAAGGCCAUCUCUCCUAUGAGUCCUAUGAGGGACUUAUCGACUCCCAUCCUCAGCCCAGUUGCCACCACUCCAACAGAAUAACUGCACACCCUGUUCCCGCGACCAAGCUUUGACCACAGCAUCAGUCUGGCAAACUGAGAAGGAUGCUUGUCUCACUUUGGACAUAAACUGGAGAAAAAAAACCUUCUAAAUGUGUUGUCGCUCGUGUAUUUCAUUUUUCAAAACAAGCAAAGUGUUUACACAAGGACGGUACUACAGAGAUUGUGGGUUAUAUUUCUGCGCUCAGUGCGGAUUGAGCACUCGUCUCUGACUGUGCAAAUCGACCAUCCAGCUGUUUCAGCAUCAGGAGUCCUGGAGGAUUUUUUUUCCCCCAUGAUUUUUAUGCAUGCAGACAAAUCCCUUAGUGACGAUCUACUGAUCGCGGCAGGCUUAAUAUUCUUUGUUGCCCAUGAAGUUCAGCUUUUUCCCCUUAUACAUACAGUGUGUUCAGAUAUUGUUUUGGAGAGGUACUAUACCAGAUGAUUUCAUCGCAAUUUGAUUGUUUUAACUUAAGCAUGGACGUGUGGAUGGUUUAAAAUAGUUAAUAACGAAUAAACAAUUUGCCCUGCAAAUCAAAAUCUGUCUGCAGAAUUGGCCAAACAACCCAUGACCUGACAUUGGAAUAAAUGAAAACGGUUGCUAAGGCUUAAAAGCUUUUUUUUUUUCUUCCAAAAGGCAGCAACCAUAAUCAACAAAUCAAGAGCAGCCCUCAUUGCAAAUGCAAGAACUGGCACUACUACUUCUUGGCAAACAAAAACAAUUAGUGCCAUGUGUGAUUGACAGUUGGACUGUACAGGUUGCCAAAUGUAUGUAUCCUGUGUAAAAUAAGCGUCUAAAUAACAGCUCUGAACCAUUUUCCAAGAAAACCUGAUGAAAAAACAGCAGCAAUGGAAAUAUCUUUGUUGAGCGCUCUCAUGCCAGACUUGUUCAUCUUGAACUUCUGUGAAACUGCAAGCGACAUAAUAACUUCAGCAAUCUGCAAUAUUUGCUACAGCUUCAGCUCUUGGUGUGCUUUUUCAGUUGUAACAGGGAGCCGAAAAGACAGAGCAAGACAGGAACAUAAGAUGUGUUUGGGUGGUUGUGUAGUAGCGAAAGGUUGUAAGGCGCUGCCUUUUCUGAGGGUAUCCGUGAGCAAAGCUCGAGUAACAUACUCUCAAAGAGCUAAUCGAUGACUGCGCCCUAUUUUUGGUCUCUUGUCUAGUGGCUACAAUGUAAGCUGUGAAAGUCAUGCUUUUUGUCGGGUGAAUCCUUUCCCUCUGAAUUGUCCAUCUUUGUUUGUUGUCAUCUCUAAACCAUGCAGGUUGUAAUUUCUGCAGUGACUUCUUUUUAUAGAUAUAUUUCCGUUCCUUUUUUGUGCUGCCUUUUAUAUGAAAUAUAAGUCUACUUGAUGUUUGAUGAUAGAUUUAAUGGGUGAGAAAGACAAGAAAUGAAAGCACAAGUGAACCAUUAGCGCUGUUAUGCACAACUUAAUAUAUCCAUUACAUUUACAUCAGAUAGAUCAAUCUAAAACAAUAGUAUGACUGGUCACCAAAUUUCCAUUUUCUUCAGCGUUUCAUAAUAAUAAAAAAAGAAAAACGUCGAUCCAUGAUAAAAUGUUCUUUAUUUCACUUCCAUCUAACUCUUGCCUGAAGGUUUCCCGUUUACUGGAUGGAGACCUUUGAUUUUGCUGUUCUAUUGAGCUUCACAAUGUUCAGUAUAUAAAAGACGUAACCUUCAUUUUUAUUUAUCCUGCCUGAGCUUUGUCAGAUUGUCUUCAUAUUGUUCAGAGUGUAGCCCGUAACCCGUGUCAGUCAGAAAAAGCUGUCAUGUUUUGACCUUAUUACUAAUGCUACAGUGCUUAAAGCACAGUCUCUAAACUGAAACGCUUUGCAGCAGAAAAACAAGUUGCUGUUUUUAAAAAAUAUAUAUAUAUAUAUUAUUAUUGUACUGUGAAUACCUGUGUGGAUAUUGCAAUCUAAAGAAGAAAAGAGAGACUGUGUGUUUAAGCUACCGGCAAUUAUUUUUCAAAGAGUGUGCAAACAGUCAACAGCACCAGAAAGAAGGACAUUUUUCGCCUUCAAAAGGCGUCCUCUUGGCAUUUAAUUAAUUUUCAAGUGUACAAAUAACCUUGACAACAAAAACUUUUGCCUAAUCAAGUAACUAUUUCCAAGAAUGUAGAUUUCACCUCAGCAUUAUAUUUUUAUUGAUCAACACUAAUUCAAAAGAUUUUUACGUUUUGAAUGAAAUCUCUCCCUGAACUAAAGAAAUCCUAUAUUUUGCUUAGUAUUGUGUUCUCCUUUGGUAUUCAGUUGCAUAUGCAAGGUUUGCUUUAAUGACAGUGUUAACCUCCUAGGACCUGGCGUCCACAUAAGUGGACAUCACAUUUUGGGUUAUUUAGACCAAAAUACUGAAUUUUGCU